AGCAGCAUCUGUCUGCUCUUCUAGCAUCUACAGAUGCGGAUAUUGUUGAAGCGAGCUUGCAGACAUUAAUGGCAUUUGUAAACAAGUCAGUUGGGAAAAGCUCGAUACGCAGCACAUCUCUGACUUCAAAGUUAUUUGCCUUCUCUCAAGGUUGGGGUGGAAAAGAAGGUGGCCUUGGAUUAAUAGCAUGUUCUUUGCCGAUUGUAUCGGAUCCAGUUUCCACUGAAGUUGGCUCCACUCUCCAUUUUGAGUUCUAUCGUGGUGCUGAUAAAUCAGAGAAAUCCCAGUCUGUAGAUAAGGGGAACAGGUUGGAAGUAAUUCAUUUACCGAAUGUCAAUACCUGCAAGGAGACAGACCUUGAAAUAUUGGACAAGUUGGUCAAGGAUUACAGUGUGCCGCAAGCUUUAAGGUUCCCUCUUCUUACAAGAUUGAGAUUUGCAAGGGCAUUUGACACUUUGACAUGUCGACGCCAAUAUAUCUGUAUCCGCCUAUAUGCCUUUAUUGUUCUUGUGCAAGCAGGCCAUGAUACUGAAGGUUUAUCAUCAUUUUUGAAUAAUGAACCAGAAUUCAUUGAUGAGCUAUUAUCAUUGCUUAGCUACGAGGAUGAGAUACCAGAAAAAAUUAGGAUAUUGGGAAUCCUUUCAUUGGUUGCACUGUCCCAAGAUCGAUCUCACCAGCCUACUGUAUUGUCCUCGGUAACUUCAGGUGGUCAUCGUAGUAUUCUUCCUAGUCUCAUGCAGAAGGCAGUUGAUUCUAUCAUCAGUGGUUCUAUGAAAUGGUCCAUAAUAUUUGCUGAAGCUCUUCUUUCUCUUGUUUCUAUGUUGGUAUCAUCAACCCCAGGUUCUCUAGCUCUUCAAGAAGCAGGUUUUAUACCCACCAUUUUGCCUCUUCUCAAAGAUACAAACACUCAGCAUUUACACCUUGUUAGUACGGCAGUGCAUGUCAUUGAGAGCUUCCUGGAUUAUCACAAUCCCUCUUCAGCAUUGUUCAGGGAUCUAGGUGGACUAGAUGACACUAUUACACGCCUUAAGAUAGAAGUAUCACAAGUUGAGAUUGGUUCGAAAAAAAAUGAAGAGUCUCAGUCAAUCAAUAAAGGAAAAGAGGUUGAAAGUUGUCCACUGGUGCCAGAUAUGCAGCCCUCAUGUUCUGAAGCCUUGGUUUUGUAUAAUAGGAAGAACUUAAUGAAAGUUUUACUACGUACAAUAUCUCUGGCAACAUAUGUUCCUGGUAGCUCUGCUCGUGUUGAUGGUUCUGAAGAGAAUGUAUUGCCUCCAUGUUUAUGUACAAUUUUUAGGAGAGGCAAGGACUUUGGUGGUGGUGUUUUCUCACUUGCUGCAAAUGUUAUGAGUGAUCUCAUACAUAAAGACCCAACAUGCUAUUCUGUUCUUGAUGCAGCUGGUUUGCCACAAGCAUUUCUUGAUGCUAUACUGGACGGUGUACUUUACAACUCUGAUGCAGUCUCAUGUAUACCACAGUGUUUGGAUGCAUUAUGUUUGAAUAAUAGUGGUCUUCAAUUAGUAAAGGACUGCAAUGCUUUAAGAUGCUUUGUGAAAAUCUUUACCUCCAGAUUAUAUUUGAAGGCUCUUAAUGGGGACACAACAGGGGCCUUAUCAAGUGGACUCGAUGAAUUAAUGCGCCAUGCAUCAUCAUUACGUUCCUCUGGAGUUGACAUGUUUAUUGAAAUCUUGAACACUGUUUCAAAAAUUGGGUGUGGUGGAGACUCUAAUUCCUGUGCAGAAUGUGAUAAUUCCUCUGCAGCUGUUCCCAUGGAUGCUGAUGUGGAGGGAGCUACAACACAGAGUGAGGGUGUACCUUCUGAGGUGGGAUGCUCAGGCAAAAUGGUUGAGGCUCCUCUAGAUGCUACGACAUCAUCUUCCAUUGAGUUAUUUCUUCCUGAAUGCAUAUGCAAUGUUGCUCGUCUCCUUGAAACUGUUCUGCAAAAUACUGACACAUGCAGGCUAUUCAUUGAGAAAAAAGGAAUUGAAGCUGUUCUUCAACUGUUUAAGUUGCCAGUAUUACCUGUAUCUGUUUCAAUUGGUCAGAGUAUUUCUGUUGCAUUUAAAAACUUCUCACCUCAGCAUUCUGUUUCUCUGGCAAGAGCAGUGUGCUCAUUUUUUCGAGACCACCUUAAAUUGACAAAUGAACUGUUGGGUUUGAUCUCUGGAACUAAGCUGGUUGAUAGUGAACUUGUGAAGCAAUCAGCUCUCAUGAAAUCACUUUCUACUCUUGAAGGGCUUUUAUCUCUUGCCAAUUUUCUUCUAAAGGGAACAACCAUUAUGAUUUCAGAACUGGCUUUUGCAGAUGCUGAGAUAUUGAAGGAAUUGGGGAAGGUUUAUACUGAAGUCACAUGGCAGAUCUCUUUACUCAGUGAUGCCAAGGUGGAUAAGCAAGAGUCAGAUCAAGAUGAUGUAGCUGGAGAUGCUUCAAUUUCUAAUGCAUCUGAAAGGGAUAGUGAUGAUGACACAAGUGCAGCACCAGUAGCAAGAUAUAUGAAUUCUGUUUCAGCAAGAGCCUCUUUAUCACCCUGGAGCAUGGAGCAAGAUUUUGUAUCAGCAGUCCGAUCUGCUGCCAACAUGCACCGCCAUGGUCGGCACUCACUAUCAAGGAUACGUGGGCGCCUAAGUGGAGUAUUGGAUGCAACACAUACUGAUUUGGAUGGCCCUUUUUCUCCAGCAGAGAUCUCUAGGAGUCAUGAUGCUUCAAAGAAAAGUCCUGAAGUUGUUGUUUCUGAACUUCUGACAAAGCUUGGCUACACCAUGCGUUCCUUCCUCUCUACCCUUGUCAAAGGAUUACCAGCUCGUCGUCGAGCUGACUCUAAUCUUAGCCCAGCUUCAAGAAGUCUUGUGACUGCACUUGCACAACUUUUCCUUAGCGCUCUUGGUUACUCUGGACAUUCUACCGCUGGCUUUGAGAUGUCGUUAUCUGUCAAAUGUCGAUACCUUGGAAAGGUUGUGGAAGACAUGGCUGUGCUUACAUUCGACAGCAGGCGUCGCUCAUGCAAUUCUGCACUUGUUAAUAGUUUCUAUGUGAAUGGAACGUUCAAGGAAGUUCUAACUACCUUUGAAGCCACCAGUCAGCUUCUAUGGACGCUUCCUUUCUCUGCUCCUGCUGGCACAGAUCAAGGUUCCUCUAUUAAUGAGAAGGUGUCUCACAAUUCCUGGCUUCUGGAUACGUUGCAGAGUUAUUGUAAAUUGCUAGAAUAUUAUGUGAACUCUACAUUCUUAUUGUCUCCAUCCUCUUCUCAUAAUCAGCUUCUUGUCCAGCCUAUUGUUACUGAGCUGUCAAUUAAUCUAUUCCCCGUGCCUUCAGAGCCAGAAUCAUUUGUUCGUAUGCUUCAAUCUCAAAUUCUAGACGCAGUCCUUCCUGUUUGGAAUCAUAAAAUAUUUCCUGAGUGCAGCCCAACUCUUGUUACCUCCUUGGUCUCAAUUAUGAACAAUAUAUGCUCUGCUGUUGGAGAUCUGAAGCAAAGCCGCAAUAUUGCCGGGGUUGCCAACCAGCGUGUUACUAGCCCCCCUCUUGAUGAGUCAGCUAUUGCUACGAUUGUUGAAAUGGGAUUUUCAAGAGCUAGGGCAGAAGAAGCUCUGAGAAGCGUCAGAACUAACAGCGUGGAGAUGGCAACUGAUUGGUUGUUCAGCCAUCCAGAAGAAUUUGUUCAAGAAGAUGUGCAGCUUGCACAGGCACUAGCUUUGUCACUUGGAAACUCCAUUGAAACACCCAAGGAGGAUGGAAGCAAUAAGAAUGAUACAGCUACUGCUGAAGAAAAAGGUGUAUUUGUGCUCCCUUUGGAUGACAUUCUCACUGUAUCGACAAAGCUUUUCUGCUCUAGUGAUUCCGCCAUGGCUUUCCCAUUGACUGACCUUCUAGUGACACUAUGCAACCGUAAUAAGGGGGAAUACCGACAGCGGGUAGUCCUGUAUCUUUUUGAGCAACUAAGACGUUUUUCGUCAGAUACCAUCACUGAUGCAGGUGCUUUGUAUUCCGUUGCCCAUUUGUUGGCUUUGCUUCUGAGUGAAGACAGUGGCAUACGUGAAAUUGGUGCUGAAAAUGGUGUCACCCCUCACGUUCUUAACAUGUUAGAAAAUCUUAAAUCAAGGACAGACCACACAGAUAAGACUUGGAAUUCUAUCAGUGCUCUGUUGCUCAUAUUGGAUAACAUGCUACAAUUUAAUCCAAAGCUUAAUACGGAAACAACAGAUGGUGCAUCCAAGUCAACUUCUGACAUAUCCAGUGCUGACAGCAAGGCAAAUCCAGCACCACCUGAUGAAGAGAAAACUGAAACUAUGGAUUCAGCAGACGAUGCAAGUGCUAAUGUGUUUGAAAAGAUUUUGGGGAAAUCUACUGGCUAUUUGACCGAUCAGGAGAGCCAAAAGGCACUGGUUUUCUGCUGUGAAUUCAUCAAGAAACGUGUGCCAGCAACAGUUAUGCAAGCUGUUCUUCAGCUCAGUGCCCGCUUGACAAAGACACAUGCUCUUGCUGCUCAAUUUUUUGAAAAUGGUGGCCUAUCAUCUCUUUUAAAUCUCCCAAGUGCUUGCAUCUUUCCAGGAUUUGAGACCUUAGCAUCUGCCAUUGUGCGCCACCUCAUUGAGGAUCCUCAGACCUUGCAGAGUGCCAUGGAAUUGGAGAUACGACAGUCAUUAAGCAACCGUGGCAGUCGUACUCCACGCUCAUUUCUGACGAAUAUGGCACCGCUGAUAUCUAGGGAUCCUGUGAUCUUCAUGAGGGCCGUAACUUCAGUCUGCCAGUUAGAUUCUUCAGGAGGGAGAAUGAAUGUAGUCUUGUUGAAGGAUAAGGAAAGAGACAGGGAGAAACAGAAAGUUCCUUCAAUAGAAAGUGGUGUGCCAUGCAAUGAGCCUGUUCGGGUGACAGCUGAUAUUAAGUCAGUUGAUACACCGAACAGAUGGUCACGGAGCCACAAAAAGGUUCCUGCUAGUCUUUCGCAAGUGAUCGAUCAGCUUCUCGAGAUCAUUAUGAGCUAUCCAUCUGCAAGCAAAGAACAGGGGUUUGAUGGUUACUCCCUGUUGACUCCAAUUGAUGUUGACGAACCAAACACUAAGGGAAAAUCCAAAGUUGAUGAUGGCCAAGAGCUUGAGGGUGAUGCUCUCUCUGAGAGAUCUGCCUUACUGUCAAAGUUGGCAUUUGUGCUUAAGUUGAUGAGUGAGAUACUCCUCAUGUAUGUGCAUGCAGUAGGGAUAAUUCUGAGACGGGAUACAGAGAUAUCACAGUCACGAAGUUGCGAUCAAGGUGCUGGACACAGUGGUCUACUGCAUCAUAUAUUCUAUCUGCUACUUCCACUAACUUCGGUUAAAACUGCUGAUGUCUCAGAUGAUUGGACAGGGAAGUUGUCUGAGAGGGCUUCCUGUUUCUUGGUAGCUUUAUGCUGCCGAUCUGCUGAAGGUCGUAGAAGGGUUAUUUCUGAAAUUGUGAAGGCAUUUAACUAUUUCAUUGAUUCAGCAAGCAGUACCUCCAGAGGAUCUUUGAUACCUGACAGAAAAGUUUUGGCUUUCUCUGAGCUGGUAAAUUCAAUAUUGUCGCGGAAUAGUCAGAGCAACUUGCCUGUUCUUGGUUGCUCGCCUGAUAUUGCAAAACCUAUGGUAGAUGGUGGAAUGGUACAAUCUCUUUCUGGUUUUCUGAAAGUAAUUGACCUGGAUCACCCAGAUGCUACAAAGGUUGUCAACUUGAUAUUGAAGGCUUUGGAUAGCCUCACCAGGACUGCUUAUGCUAGUGAUCAAGUUCUCAAGUCAGAUCGAUAUACCAAGAACAGAUUACCAGGGUCACAUGAACAAACACAUGAAGCUGAUGACACUGUAGUCCAUGAGCAAAGCACGGAUAACAGACAUCAUCAUACUGAUGACACCAUCCAAUCUACAAGUCAACAAGCGCAAGAACUGUCUCAUGUUGAUAGGGACAAUAAUGAGAAUCAUGUCCAACCUUCUGAACAAGAAAUGGGAGUUGAUCUAGUGGACAAUAACUCUAGCGGUAAUCCUCCAAUGCAUGGUGUGGAGUUCAUGCGAGACGAAACAAUUGAAGGUAAUGUAAUGGCUACUAGUACUGACGUUGGUUUGCCUUUCCCAGUGCAACAUCAAGUUGAUGACGAAAUGGGUGAGGAAGAUGAGGAUAUUGGGGAGGAAGGUGAGGAUGAAGACGAGGAUGAGGAUGAUGAGGAAAUAGCAGAUGAGGGAGCUGGUUUGAUGUCCAUAGCUGACACAGAUAUUGAGGACCAGGAGAACAAUGCCAUUGGUGAGGAAUACAAUGAUGAUCUGAUGGAUGAAGAAGAUGACGACUUUCUUGAGAACCGUGUUAUAGAAGUGAGAUGGAGGGAGAGCUUAACUGGAAUGGAUCAUCAUCUGAGAUUUUCCAGGGGUCGUGCAGACUCAAGUGGUUUUAUUGAUAUAUCUUCUGAGUCAUUUCAUGGUGUGGGAACGGAGGAUUCAUUUAAUCUGCAUCGUUCGUUCGGUCUUGAGCGUCGCCGCCAAAGUGGAAGUAGGUCACUUCUUGAUCGACCAAGGUCUGAUGGAAAUGCUUUUCUUCAUCCACUGCUCGUCAGGCCAGCUCAGUCUAGGGAGGGAACUGGUUCAGCGUGGCCCUCUGGCGGCACCACCUCAUCAAGAGAUUUUCACACACUAUCUUUUGGGAAUUCAGACAUCCCCUUGUACAUGUUAGAUGCUGGGUUUCCGCCAGAAACUGCUCCCCCAGUGUUUGGUGAGCGUGUUGCAGGUAAUCAUGCAGCUGCUGUUGCUCAGGCAGUGGAGGAUCAAUUUGUGUCGCAGUUAACUGCGGUUAGUAAUUCAAAUAAUACUCCUCUGGUGCAGCCUGAACAGAAUGGCAAUGAUGUGAAUGCACACUUACAAUCACCAGAUACAGGAACUAUAGCAACCAAUUCUCUUGCUCAACCUGUUGGUGGUCAUCAGCAAGUUCAUACUGUUAAUCAAGAACCUGCUCCUGCUGAUGGUCUCUGUCCUACAAAUGUGCAGGUAAAUCAACAGUCGGUUGGUUCUGUUCAUGAUAAUCGUGUUGAGGAAGCGGUACAGCAAACAGCAGCUGAUGAUCCUAUACCUCAGAGUGAUGAAAUGUUGUCUAUUGCUGAUACACAACUUGGUGAUUGUCCUGAAAGAGAUUCCUUGUCUGGUAAUCAAAGUUGUGAUCAUAUUAUGCACAAUGAGAUUGAAGCACCUCAACAAGCUCAGUUGAGUAAUGAUCCUAGGGAAGCCCCAUCUGAUCUGGAGUCAAGCUGCCAUGCACUUGUCACUUCUGCAAGUGCUGCUCCUGAGCUGAGUGAUGCUCAUGUAGAUUCUGCUGCAUUGAAUGCGGAUGUUGACAUGAACAGUGUUGAUAUUGCUGAUAAUGAAGUUGGAAACUCGGCUCCUGGUUCUGAUGGCAAUGGCUUGUCUUCUAGGAGACAUGAAGAAGCUCAUCAAGAGCCUCAGACAGAGCAACCAAAUGCUAACAAUGAGGCCUCUAGUGCUAAUGAAAUCGAUCCCACAUUUCUUGAAGCAUUGCCUGAGGAUCUUCGUGCGGAGGUCCUUGCUUCUCAGCAGAACCGUUCUGCCCCAGCUGCUUCCUAUACUCCACCAGCUGCAGAAGAAAUAGAUCCAGAGUUUUUGGCUGCUCUUCCACCAGACAUUCAAGCUGAAGUUCUAGCCCAGCAGCGAGCACAGAGGAUUGCUCACUCUCAACCAGUUGGUCAGCCAGUAGAUAUGGAUAAUGCUUCAAUUAUAGCAACUUUUCCUCCUGAUCUACGUGAAGAGGUGCUUUUAACCUCGUCAGAAGCAGUUCUGUCUGCCCUUCCUUCAGCGUUACUUGCUGAAGCUCAAAUGCUACGGGACAGAGAACUGAGUCGCUAUCGUGCUAGAGGAAGCCUCUUUGGUGGAAGCUACAGGCUUGGAGGGAGGAGGUUGCCAGCUGACAAUCAGACAGUUAUAGAUAGGGCUGUUGGUGUUACUAUGGGUAGAAGGGUUAUUUCUGCUACACCAGGCAGUUCAAAGGGUAAAGAUGUGGAAGGGACCCCGCUUCUGGACUCAGAUGCUCUACGUGCACUUAUUCGCCUUCUGCAGCUUGCUCCGCCACUCAGCAAAGGCCUUCUUCAAAGGCUUAUGUUCAAUCUAUGUGCACACAGUGUCACACGUGUUACCUUGGUUGGCCAUCUGCUCAACAUGAUUAAACCUGAAUCUGAGGGGCUUAGCAUAUCUAAUUGCAUGGCUACGUAUAGAUUACAUGGAUGUCAGUGGAACAUUGUUUACACACAACCUUACUCUGCAAAUGGUUUGCCUCCACUUGUGACACGGAGACUUCUAGAAAUCCUGACAUAUCUUGCUUCUAACCAUCCAUCUGUUGCGGAUCUUUUGGUCCAUUUCAAUCCUUCAGCUAGUUCAAACUGUUUGAUGUUACAGCGGAGUAAAGAGAUAUCUCAAGAAAGUGCGUCGUUGGACACAAAGCAACCAUCUUCACAGGGCUAUACACCUAUUCUAUUGUUUCUUAAGCUCCUAAACAAACCCUUAUUUCUGCGCAGUCGAGUAUACCUUGAGCAGGUGAUGUGCUUGCUUGAAGUUGUGGUCAACAAUGCUGCGUCCCAAAUUGAUUAUCCACCUCGUUCUGCACAGAUUGCUAAUAGUUCAGAUGUUGAAUUGGUUGAUGGGGCACCAUCUCAAACUCAGGCGGAACCAUCUACUCUGGAACAAGGUCAUAUUCAGGAUAAUAGCCAAAGCAAAGAUGUUGAGGUGCCAGCGUCAUGUGCUAGGCAGGAUGUUAAUGUGCAUGCCAUUCUUACUCAGCUUCCUGAUGCUGAAUUGCAUAAUCUGUGCAAUAUUCUGGCACUUGAGGGUCUUCCAGAUAAAGUGUACUCUCUUGCCUCGGAGGUGGUGAAAAAACUGGCUAGUGUUGCAGCAUCGCAUCGAAAAUUCUUUUCCAUUGAGUUAGCUGGUGUUGCUCAGAGUUUAAGUUCUUCGGCAGUAGAUGAGCUUGUAACACUGAAGAACACUCAAAUGCUUGGGCUCAGUACUUGUUCUAUGGCUGGAGCUGCUAUCUUGCGGGUGCUGCAAGUCUUAUCUACGUUGACUUCAGAUGUGAUUGAUAGUAGACAUGAACAAGAUAUGGGACAGGAAGAGCAGUCAAUUUUGUGGGAUCUGAAUGUUGGUCUUGAACCUUUGUGGCAAGAAUUAAGUGAUUGUAUAAGUGCAACAGAGGCAAAACUUGUACAUAAUUCAACAUUCACUUCCCCUGCUCCAUUGGUGGACACUCUGGAAGUUGGUGCUUCAUCCUCUGUCUCCCCACCACUUCCUCCAGGCACUCAGCGCUUGUUGCCAUUUAUAGAAUCAUUUUUUGUUCUAUGUGAGAAGCUUCAAACAAAUCAACCAGUUACACAAUCAGAUUACAAUGUUACUGCUCCUGAAGUGAAAGAUUUAGCUGGAAGUUCAUCGUCACCAUCACUGAAGACUGGUGGAAUCUGCAAUGUUACUUUUAUAAAGGUUGCAGAAAAACAUCGACGGCUACUCAAUGUUUUCAUUCGACAAAACCCAAGCUUACUUGAGAAAUCACUUUCUAUGAUGUUGAAAGUACCAAGGCUGAUAGAUUUUGACAACAAGCGUGCUUACUUCCGGUCGCGCAUCCGACAGCAACAUGAUCAGCAUCUUUCGGCUCCUCUACGCAUUAGUGUUCGCAGGGCUUACGUUUUGGAGGAUUCAUAUAAUCAGUUGAGGUUACGUCGUACCCAGGACCUCAAAGGUCGCUUGACCGUACAAUUUCAAGGAGAAGAGGGUAUAGAUGCUGGAGGACUAACUAGGGAGUGGUACCAGCUGCUCUCAAGAGUUAUCUUUGACAAAGGAGCUCUUCUCUUCACCACUGUUGGAAACAAUGCGACUUUUCAGCCUAAUCCUAACUCUGUUUAUCAAACGGAGCACCUUUCUUAUUUCAAGUUUGUUGGUCGAGUGGUUGCUAAAGCAUUGUUUGAUGGUCAAUUGUUGGACGUCCACUUUACCCGUUCAUUUUACAAACACAUCCUGGGUGCUAAAGUAACAUAUCAUGACAUAGAGGCUAUUGAUCCUGAUUACUACAAAAAUUUGAAGUGGAUGCUGGAGAAUGAUGUAAGUGACCUUCCUGAUUUGACAUUCAGCAUGGAUCCUGACGAGGAAAAACAUAUUCUCUAUGAGAAGACUGAGGUUACUGAUUAUGAGCUAAAACCGGGUGGAAGAAACAUCAGGGUCACUGAGGAAACUAAACAAGAAUAUGUUGACCUUGUAGCUGAACAUAUACUGACCACAGCAAUUCGUCCUCAGAUUAAUGCUUUCCUUGAGGGCUUCACAGAGUUAGUUCCAAGGGACCUAAUAUCCCUAUUUAAUGAUAAAGAACUUGAACUAUUGAUCAGUGGUCUUCCUGAAAUUGACCUGGAUGAUUUGAAGGCUAAUGCGGAAUAUAUAGGAUUUUCUGCUGCAUCUCCUGUCAUCCAGUGGUUCUGGGAAGUUGUUAAAGCAUUCAGUAAGGAGGACAUGGCCAGACUACUGCAGUUUGUUACUGGAACAUCAAAGGUACCAUUGGAAGGUUUCAAAGCACUACAAGGUAUUUCCGGCCCCCAGAGAUUUCAGAUCCACAAGGCUUAUGGAGCUCCAGACCGUCUUCCUUCUGCUCAUACAUGCUUUAACCAGUUGGACUUACCGGAAUAUACCUCAAAGGAGCAAUUAGAAGAGCGCCUGCUUCUUGCCAUUCAUGAAGCUAGUGAAGGUUUUGGCUUUGGCUGAUCAGUUAGUUCCUCAAGAUCCAAAAGAGUGCUGGGUCAUUGGUUUUCUGCUUGCCAUGUACAGAUUUUGAAGGCAAUUGAGAUGGUCACAGAUGCUAUACAUGACAUGGAUCGGGCCAAGGAGCCUUUUGGCAAUGCUCAGGGUGAAGUUGGGAUCCAACAUUUUCUUGGAAUAGUCAAUCAGGAUGUGGGGCGGGUACAGUAGGAGUAGAGCUCUGCGACAAGAGUGCUGAUGUAACUAGCUUCCAUUUGCCUUCUAGUUAAAAGGUUGGAUGUAAAUUCGUUUAAUGCUUCUUUAUACCAAUCGUUCUGGUGAUUUUUGUACUGCUUCCUCCAAUUCUGGGGGCCAGGGCAGUUUCUGCAAAUAAAUAAGCCAUCUGGCAAUGCCAUGGCUCCAUGUUUUUUUAAUCAGCUUUUUAUGUGCAUGCACAAGCGGUAUAAACCUCA